AUGAAGAGCUGCCCCAGUAUUCGGGCUGCGGCCACCUUGGGCGCGGCCUUUCUACUGCAGCUGACCAGUGCGGGAAAAGUGGAAGAAUGCCCAGAUCCCGCUGAGAUUGUCAUCUAUGAGCCAGCAAAGCUCAUUUGCUGCGGGUCUACUGCUUCGACGACCUAUACUAGGAUUACGACCGAGUGCUCGGGUGUUCCUGUUUACGUUACACCUGGAGUCCCCAUCCCCGAUGAAGAAUGCGUGACUACCACUCAGCCAUGGACUGGAACUGUGACCGAGACUGUUACAAUUCAUGCUACUGGAAGGGCUCCAGGUACGAAGAUUGUGAAAAUCCCGGGAGGAAGUGCAGAUUGCGUUACAACUACUGUUGGCUGGUCUGGCACCGUGACCGAAACUGUUACAAUUCCUCCUUAUGGCAAGGGCCCGAGCACCAUAAUCAUCAUCAUCAAGACUCCCUAUGAACACCCUGGUUAUAUUACAAAAACGGUUCCUUGGACUGGAUAUAUCACCACGGCUUCUACCGUUUAUCCUCACCAAGGUAAGCCUGGUGAAAUCAUUAUCAAGACGCCCCAUGGCGAACGCCCCGUCUCUGCUACUAGAACUGUUGCUUGGGCUGGAAGCACGACAGUCACCUCUACGGAGUAUCCCAGCGGGACUGGCCCCGGAAUAGUCAUUAUCAAGACGCCACAGCAGAAAUAUGUGACUCAGACAAUCCCAUAUAGCGGAAGCGUUACGCACACCAUUACUAUUCCGCCCAUUGGAACUAAUCCU